UUAACCAAAUUAACAUGAUUUAACAGUAAAAAAAAGAUUUAACUAUUUUUAGAAGGAUUUAAUAUUAUUUUAACCCAAUUAAUAAAAUAACCCCUAGAGUGCUGAAAAAUUAAUGGUGUUUUAUAUUCAUUUUAUACGUUACAUAGUAAAUUGUUUUAAUGUCGGAAGCGAGGGAAUCUGCUAAGUCCUACGAGAGAGUUAGAAAUGCUACAGCUGUAGCGGCUGGAUAUUUGCUCUUUUCUGCUGCCGUUUGGGCCUUUUUUACUAGUCCAAGGAAACAUGAAUGGGUUGAUGUAUUAUUGGAUUACGCAAAUCACAGAAGGUCACAAUAUAGUGGCCUUUGGUCGCGUUUAACAAGAAGAUUUUAA